AUGCAGCAGAAUGGAAAAUGGGUAUGGAAUGCAGAGCUAGAACAAAAAUUAGCUGGGGUGAGCUCUUCUUCGUACUUUCCCAGAGAGAUACAGCUGGUAGUUGCCGAGCAGAGCAGACAUGCAAGUGAGACAGGUCAUGGCGUAUGUAAGUGGCCCAGACAAAUAGUCUCCUCUGCAGGGUUGUGUCGGUUUGGAAGUAGAAUUGACUGCUGCUGGGGCUGGGCCCGACUGUCCUGGGGACAAUGCCAACCUUUCUACGUCUUAAGGCAGAGAAUAGCCAGCCUAAGGUGCCAGCCCAAAGCUAUAUGCCAGCCAGGAUGCAAACAUGGUGAAUGCGUUGGGCCAAACAAGUGUAAGUGCCACCCGGGAUACACUGGAAAAACCUGCAACCAAGAUCUAAAUGAGUGUGGACUAAAGCCGCGGCCAUGCAAACACCGGUGUAUGAAUACCUACGGCAGCUACAAGUGCUACUGUCUGAACGGCUACAUGCUUAUGCCAGAUGGAACGUGCUCGAAUGCCCUUUCUUGCUCAAUGGCAAACUGUCAGUAUGGCUGCGAUGUACUGAAAGGGGAAGUACGCUGCCGCUGUCCUUCUCCAGGCCUGCAGCUAGGGCCUGAUGGAAGAACUUGCAUAGAUAUUGAUGAAUGUGCUACUGGGAGAGUUAUCUGUCCACGAUUUAGGCACUGCGUCAAUACUUUUGGAAGCUACAUUUGCAGGUGUCAUAAAGGCUUUGAUCUAAUGUACAUCGGAGGCAAAUACCAAUGCCAUGAUAUAGAUGAAUGUUCCCUUGGCCACCAUCAGUGUGGUAGUUUUUCACGAUGUUACAAUAUACCUGGAUCCUACAAAUGCAAGUGUAAAGAAGGGUACAGAGACAAUGGAACAAACUGCAUACAAACUCCCCUUGUGAAACCACGCACAAGGCAACCCCUCAGACCACCAUAUGUACCUGCUGUUGUUACAGAAAGGCCAGUGACCAGGCCAACAACUCGACCUACACCCAGGCCAACAACUCGACCUACACCCAGGCCAACAACUCGACCUACACCUGGGCCAACGACUCGUCUUACACCCAAGCCAACCACUAGGUAUGUGCCAGUGACAACAAGGCCAGUAACGAGGCCAGCGGUGAGGCCUCCACCUCCAACACCACCUCAACCUACAACGUUAAGACCUACACUACCACCACAAAGAACUCCUCUGAUAACAACUGAAGAGCCUUCACAUGUUCCCACUGAAACUACAUCUUCCCAAGGAAUUACAGAUGACAACAGGAUCCAGAUAGACCCUCAGAAACCCCGAGGAGAUGUGUUCAUUCCACGCCAGCCUGGAGUGAGCAAUAAUCUGUUUGAAAUACUUGAAAUUGAACGAGGGAUAACGGCCGACGAAUUUGAAGCGAACGAUGACCCAGGUGUGCUGGUACACAGCUGUAAUUUUGAUAGUGGACUGUGCGGAUGGAUCAAGGACAAAGAUGACGACUUGCACUGGGAACCCGUGAGAGACGCAUCAGGGGGACAGUACCUUACCAUUUCUGACCCCAAAGGCAAAGAAGGGAGAGCAGCGCAUCUGAUCCUGCCGCUGGGUCGCAUGGCUCAGGCCGGCGACUUGUGCCUGUCGUUCAGGCAUAAGGUGCCGGGACUGCAUUCUGGUGCCCUCCAGGUCUUUGUAAGGAGAAACGGUGCCCACGGACCAGCUGUUUGGGGAAGAAACGGCGGCCACGGCUGGAGACAGACGCACAUAACUUUGCGAGGACUGGGCAUCAAGAGUGUUAUUUUCAAAGGGGAGAAAGGGAGAGGAAGAACUGGGCAUAUUGGACUAGAUGACGUGAUCUUGAGGAGAGGACGCUGCUCUGAAGAGCAUUAG